AGUAUAAAUGACUCUAAUCGACUUGGGGCUUGGCUUCGUAGGAAUAAAGUGAUUUUUGUAGUCGAUAAAAGAGGAGGUAUUUUAGUGCUGUUUUGAACGCUAGGAGCAGAGGGAGUGGUUUUUUCAAGAUGAGGGGGAUGGAUGUAAUGCUUGGUAACGGGGCCAUGCCGACGGGAGACGGUGUCGUACCCUCGGAUGGACUUCGCCAUAUGGGGCCUGCCGUUUAUAUUGCGGACUCCAUCAGGAAGACACGAUGGCGAAAGGGUAAACAAGAAUAUCUUGUAAAGUGGAAAGGAUGGUCACCCAAGUUCAACACAUGGGAACCAGAAACAAACAUUCUGGACGUGACUCUGAUCAAAUUGUACGAGCAAAGGAAAGAAAGGGCAAGACAGCGAAAACUCGCCGUGCGCAAGGGGACCGUAGUCGGGGGCAGACAGGCGAGCGAACGCCCACCACACGCCGUCAUACUCAAGCAUGGCAAGAAAUGUUUUGCUACAAAGAAGAGCCAGGGAAAGGCUGCCUCGCGGCCCUCGGGACAAAUGCCUCCACAAUUGGAAUAUCAAAAGCCUUUUACAACUAAGCCAUAUCAAGCUUCUGGCGAUGGGGUUUCCAUCGUGAGUGAGCGUAAAACAACCGACAUCGACCGGGAAAAUGCGAGCGUGGAGCCCGCCCACGGCCAGCAUCAGCAGCUCGACUGCCUAAGGGGAAUCAAGUUCAAGCUGGGAUGGCGUUACAACAGAUCUUCUCCCCCAUUAAUGAAGAGACAACAAAAUGUCAUCUGUGGUGGUGGAGAGUUCAACGGCAAUAGUAGCAUGCCUUUCACCACGCGUGACGUCAAUGCGAUGUCUCUGACGACAUCAAUUCAGACCGGGUUAUUCAAAGCCGCGAGUCCUGCCGUUGGGGAAACGCUGUGCGAGGAGGAGAAAUCCAAUAUGGCGGACGAUCGGCUGCCGGAAUCCGCUCGUAAUCAACCGGCUAGCUGUGGGCUUCCCAACCCCACCUCGCCUGAUUCACCACUAUCAUUAGACGUUACAUAUAACCGUUCCGGACAAUUUAGCCGAAUUACCGCGCGUGGUGGAACGUCGAUAAUGGAAUCAGACAAUCUCAGUCGUCAGGAGGGGAAAGGAAUCACCAUUAUGGAUUUGGGCGCCAAAGGAGACGAAGCAGCUGUUGAACCCAUGGGACUUUCUAGUAAUGACGUCAGGGGAAAAGAGAGAUGUGGCGGUGAAGACAACUUAGGCGUUGAGAACGCAUCAGCCACGAUGAGCCAUUCGAGUGGUUUGAUGACAGAGACUUGUAAUUUCCAAGUCGCCUCUCAGUCAGAGAGGGGAAUUGGAUUGACACUCCUUCGACAUUGCAAUGUGUGGAAUGUGAAAUAUACAACCACGUGAACUAUUCCAAUUUGAAGGCACUGGACACUAUUAGUAAUUCCUCAAAAUAAUUUUUUGCAUAAAAACACACUAAAAAAAUCUGAAGCCUUUCACUAUGCACCUGAAAGCACACAACUUAAUGCAACAAGGGUGUUUUUUUUUCUAUCAAUUAUUCUCUUGCAAAUUCGAU